AUGUCGAACCCCUCGCCAUUUGGUCGCCCUUCCUCACCCCCGCGCCCUUUCCUCCACGCGCCUACGCCUCUGUUCGUCUCACCAUCUAUCGCCUUGGCGCCGCAGAUCUACUGCACGCACAACAUGCCCAAUUGGUCCCUCCCGUGGCAGAGGCUGAAGCAGGAGCAGUCCACCAGCACGGGGUUCGUCAUCGACGGGCGACGCAUCAUUACCAACGCCCACGCCGUGGAGUACUCGACAAUGAUACAGGCGAGCACGAGAGGCUGCGACCGAAAGUUUCAGGCGAGCCGCUAUGCCGUGGGCGAGGAGUGCGACCUCGCUAUCCUUACCGUAGAGGACGAGGAGUUCUGGGAGGGGGCGGCACCCCUGGCCUUCGGCGAGCUGCCGGAGCUGACGGACGACGUCAGUGUGAUAGGCUAUCCGGUUGGAGGAGAGUGCAUCUCCAUCACAGCUGGGGUGGUGAGCCGUGUGGAGAUGACGGUCUACGCCCAGGCGGAGCAGGAGCUGCUGUCGAUCCAGAUCGACGCCGCGAUUAACCCAGGAAACAGCGGGGGCCCCGUGGUGAACGACGACGGGGAGGUGGUGGGGGUGGCGUUUCAGAGCCUGGACGGCAGCGACGUUGAGAAUAUCGGGUACGUGGUUCCGGUCAACGUCCUGGAGCACUUCCUUGAGGACGUCCGCCGUCACGACGGCAGGUAUCUCGGCUUCCCGCGCCUGGGCAUCACUCACCAGCACCUAGAGAGCCCGGCCCUUAGGGGAAGCCUGAGGAUGUCUCCGCAGCAGACGGGCGUCAUGGUCACAUGCGUGCAGCCCACCUAUCCGGCGGUGAACGUUCUUCGUAAGGGUGACGUCAUCAUGAAGGUGGACGGUAUCAGGGUAGCGAACGACGGGAGCAUUCCCUUCCGCGCCGGGGAGCGGGUGGCGUUGAAGUACUACAUGUCUCAGCUGUUCCCUGAAGACAAGACAGAGGUGGAGCUGUUGAGAGACGACAGUGUGAUGUCCGUGACGGUUCCGCUGUCCGUGUCGGACGUCUUGUGCCCCGUGCACUUCGGCGGGCGGGCGCCGAGCUACUUCGUCCUCGGGGGGCUGGUAUUCACCGUCAUGAGCGCGCCGUACCUCGAGGUUUUGGCACACGAAGUGAACGUUGGGUACGAGGGCUUCUCCAACAUGCAGCUCUUGUCGUUCAACGGGGAGCGCGUCAAGAGCCUCAGGCACCUCGUCCGCCUCGCCGACGCGAACCGGCAGGAGUUCCUUCGCUUCGAACUCUUCCGGGACAGGCUCAUAGUCCUCGAGGCCGCGGGCGUGCCCGACGCGACCACCCAGAUCUGUAAGGACAACUCCAUCCCCUCUCCGCGCUCGUCGGACCUAGUCUUUGACCCCGCCGACUCUCGGACGACGGCCCCGGCGGUAGCUGAAGACGACAUGAUGGUUCCCCCGGCUUCGGAGGAUGAGGAGGAGGAGGUAGAGGACCCGGCGCAGCGCCAGCCGCGAUCGGCCGGCGUCAACGGAGGCAAGCCGCCGCGCCAGCCUUCGAUCCCCGGCACGGUGGUGCCGGUCCGGCGGAAGCCGGGCGGGCGCGCGGGGGAGGGUGGAACAGCGGCGCGGAGGACAGAGCCGAGGAGGGGCUCGGGGAAGAAGAGGGGAGCGAGGUUGAGGCGCAAAGCGAAGAAGCAGGGGUGGCGGUGGUGAGAGUGGCGAGCCGAAACGAAGGACGAG